GUACACAUUUCACUUGUCGACUAACAGCGGUUGCGAACGAACGCGCCCGCAGCCAUCGCGAAUUCCCGCGCUCGGAAACUUGAAAAAAGAACUCUGUUUAAAAAAAGUAAAAAUGUCGUUGAAUGAUAUCACCUAAUUUUAUUAAAUAGUAUUCCUUUUUUAAAUUCGGUUUUGUUCUUUUUUGUUUAGUUUUAAAAAUUGUAUGAAUCGAAGUUUUAGUUCUUUUACAAAAGUGCAAAGUUUUAAAACUGUUUAUUUAUUUAGUGAGUUUUGAACUGAAAAUGUUGCUGUGAGCUGUGAACUCGACAGUUUCGAGAUCAAGGCGACAAGUAUAUUACAAGUGAUUGCCGACAUGAGCAGUCGUGUCUCGUAAAUUGAACAACAACGAAAAUUCGUACGAGGAAGUUUAAGGCCGAUGCGGCCUUGGUUUUGAACGGGUAGUCUAAAAAUAUAGGUCGAUGUAUUCCUGUCAUCAGUAGUAUUAUGGCAUUAGACAUCAUGAUCGAAGAACUGGAACAGCAGACGACGCCGCGGCCGGCAUUCCUCACGACAGUGUUCACUCCUGAUGAUGACCACGGCCCCAUCAAGAAUGCCACCAACGCCACCACUGAUCUAAACUAUUACUACUUUUACGAUUCGGUCCAGUUCACGGUGAUGUGGGUGCUGUUCGUCGCUAUAGUGGUGCUGAACGCCUCUGUGAUCGCCGCCUUACUCUGCACGAAUGCAAGGAAAAGUCGCAUGAACUUCUUUAUCAUGCAACUCGCUAUCGCCGAUCUCUUCGUUGGCCUAAUCUACGUGUUCCCAGAUAUAAUACAGAAGAUAACUAUAGCGUGGCUGGCGGGAGAGUUUAUGUGCAAAACUGUGAAAUUCCUACAGGCUGUGGUGAUGUACGCAUCAACGUACGUCCUGGUAGCGCUGAGCAUAGAUCGGUGUGACGCCAUCACAAAUCCCAUGAACUUCUCUGGAAGUUGGAACCGAGCGAGGGCUCUCAUCGUGUCAGCGUGGCUAAUCAGCAUCGUGUUCUCUAUACCACUUCUCAUACUCUACGAGGUGAAAGAAGUUCAAGGUCAGAUGCAAUGCUGGAUAGACCUAGGAACACCUAGAAGAUGGCAGAUCUGGAUGUCUCUGAUAUCCAUCAUGAUCUUCGUGUUGCCAGCGUUGACGAUAGCGGCCUGUUACGCUGUGAUAGUCCUCACUAUAUGGACGAAGAGUAAAGCAGUCGUCAUGAGUCCGCCUAUUAAUUCUAGAAGAACCAAGACUAUGAGGAAUGGUCAGGUGGAAAGCGACCCGGAUUCAAGGCGAGCCAGUUCUAGAGGACUAAUUCCUAGAGCGAAGAUCAAAAGUGUCAAGAUGACAUUCGUUAUUGUUUUCGUGUUCGUGCUAUGCUGGUCUCCAUACAUCGUGUUCGAUCUCCUACAAGUGUACGACCACAUACCGCCGACGCAGAACAACUUGGCUAUAGCUACCCUCAUCCAGAGCCUGGCUCCAUUGAACUCAGCAGCCAACCCCUUAAUAUGCUGCAUGUUCUCCCCUCACAUUUAUACUAGCCUCAGACGGGUUCCGCCUUACAAGUGGUUGUGGUGCGGUCGACGACGCAAGCGACAUGCUCGGGGUACAGUCCGCUCAAGAUCCGACUCGACAGCCAACUCUGAUCUGCUAAGUUCCACUCACGCGAGAAGGUCACAUUCUGUCGCUACGAUACUAAACCGAGGCCGAAGCAGUAGUGUGACGCGGGCACCAGCGGACACGCGCCGCACUCAGCUGUUGGUGCUGGUGUCGUCCCGCGACUGACAGCGAGCCGUGCACGAGCCCGCCAGAGACGUCAUGCUCUAGCGCCAGUGCAUGGCGUGUGCACGGUCACACGCCGCUAGUGUGUACAGGGGCAAUUUUUAAACACCCUGUAUCAUAACUAGCUACUACCCAAGAGGUAAAUGACCUCUGGUGGUCCGUUCAUUAUAAAAGGCAUUUUAAAUCGUGUACUUCCUCGGUAAUUCUUAUAUUCAAAUUGUAUAAAGUAUUUGUAGGUAAAGAAUGUGAUCUUUUUGUAUUUUCUUGGCCUUAAUCUAUUGGUCGGUGGACGAGUUAGGGCAUGAUUUCAAUCAAAAAGUGAUCUUAAGUACACAAGAAAUAGAGCAGAUUUUUAAAUAAAAAACAAACACAAAUUUAAAUAUGAGCAGCAUUUUGUAGAACAGUUUCAAGUCUAGUCAUGCAUCGUUUAACUUAUUUAUUUUUGUGAUGUAAGGAAAGAUCAAAGCAUUUAUUUACAUAAUUUCAUUUAUGUUAGUUUUUAAAUUAAGAUUUAAGUGCAGGUUUUUAUAUGCUAAAAUUGUCACAGAAAUAUGAAAAAAAUACAGCAAUACUCUCAUUGAACCUUAAAGAAAUAUAAAAAAAAUUAAUAUAAAUACAUAUUUACAACGAAUUUGUCAAAAUUAUUCAACAUUCAUUGAAACAUCAAAACAAAAAUUCCAAAUUUUUCCAAAAAAGUUAUAAACAAAUUCUUAAAUGGAUUGUUCUAGAAAAUAAAAUUAAUUUAAAUGUAUAUUGGAACGAUAAAUAAUAUAAGUGAAGAAAAGAAAUGCCAAAUUCUAAUCGAAUAGUCGUUAAAUUAUUGUGAAAAAUAUUCUUAAAAAAGAAUGAAAAUGUAAGUUAAUGGAACUGAAAAUAUGAAACUAUUAUAAUUAGCUAUUAUUAAAUUUUAAUAUAUAUAAAAAAUAUGUAAUUUUAAGUAUGAUUAGUACCCGUUUAAAUAAGUAUUAAAUAUCGAGAUUUGUAAUAUAAAAUUCAGUCAUUUUAAUAUAGGUAUUGUAAUCAUGUAAAAUUGUAAAGAGGCUUAUAUCAAAUCGCGUAGUUAUAUGUACAAUUAUUUUUGUACUGUGAAUAAUUAUACUAUUGUAAAGAAAUAUUAUCUUAAACUGUAUUAGAGAAGCUAUUAAAUGUUGUAUCAGUGAA